AUGCCUCAUCGCUACUGCCACUCACUCAGAGGCUUCGGUGAGGCCCCUGCGUUGACUGUCAUUGCACAUGGCUGUAAUCUGGUACAUUUUGAAGAUGGAUUGUUCUUGCCCAGCAGCUGCCAUAGUAGAACCUGGCUCUUGGAUAACCUUCAAGAAACCUGCAGCCAGACUGGGAGUUACCAACUGACCAGUCACAAACAGGACCAGAACACAGAAGAUUCUUGUAUGCCAGAUUCCUGCUUCUCCAGAGUUGUCCAAACAACUUGCUCCAAUCCCAAGGCCGGUGAGAGGACAUGCUGUCCAUCAGGAAGUCCUCCAGCAGGGAUGCACUGUGCUGUUCAGCCCUGCAAGUCAGGAAACCAUCAGCAAAUGGGGUUUGUUGCCCAGACGUGCCAACCUGCAACCCACGCAGCCAAGUGCUGUCCAGUAAAGACUCCUGUGGGUAAGGUGUGCCAAACUCUCCAGUGCGAAUCCAGCCAAAUCCAACUUCAGAUCCCUGAAGCCAGUUCCUGUAGCCCCUUGGUACAUGCUGUACCUGAGGCACAACUCCUGGAAUCUUCUAGUACCUAUGAACCAGCUUGCUGUGUUACUGGUGGUUUGCAAUUGCAUAGUAAGUGA